AUGCGAGGGUGGAGGCGGAGGGCCUACAGGGGCUACAGGGGACUGCAGGGGGCUGGACGGGGCCCUACGGCGAGCGCUACAGGCGCAAAGGCGACGAGCUGCUGCCGCCACGAGCCCUAUGACUGGCUGCGGCGGCAAGGGCUUAGCACUGGGGCACCGCUAACGGGUCCCGACAGGGAACAUGAGGUGAACUCCAUGUGCGUGCUCUGCUUGGAGGUUUUGACGUGCCGAGAGCCAGUACAAAGGCGAACCAUCGUCAUGUGCUUCGCAGAGCAGAGCGGCCACGAACCAUUCUGCGGGUAUCCACGUGCUACCAAGGUGUCAAUCACAGUCAUCCUUUUCAUGAGGCUUCAACGACUGCCUAACUCAUCAGCUACGUGGACUCUGCAUGUGCCCAUUCGCACAGAGUACGACGGCAGCGAUAGCCGAGCCGCACACAAGUGGCUCGUCACCAAGUGCGAGCUGCCAGCCAAGCUGCCAAGAGACAACACCAAGAUGCAGCCCUUGCCCUUCCCGGUCGGUGACAAGGCAAGGUAA